AUGUCUAAGGAAACUCCAUCUAAGGCUGCCUCCGCUGCCCUUUCUGAUCUGGAAUUGAAGGAUGCUAGUGCUAACUUGGGGAUUGUCCAGGAGGCUGAUGACUCCAAAAUUGCAGAGGUCAAUGAGAGAUUGAGUGAAAGUGCCAAGUCUCACAAACAAUACUUGCACUCGCACAGAAUUCAACGUCACGCUUUAAAGGAGACUGAGAAGGAGGAACCAAUCAUGGUUGGUGACAAAAACAGACACACCGUGUUCCCUAUCAAAUACCACGAGAUCUGGCAGGCGUACAAGAGGGCAGAGGCCUCCUUCUGGACCGCUGAGGAGAUCGACUUGUCCAAGGAUCUUCACGACUGGAACGUCAGAAUGAACCCUAACGAGAAAUUCUUCAUAUCCAGAGUCCUCGCCUUUUUUGCCGCUUCUGAUGGGUUGGUCAACGAAAACUUGGUUGAGAAUUUCUCCGCUGAGGUCAACAUCCCAGAGGCAAAGGCUUUCUACGGGUUCCAAAUCAUGAUCGAAAAUAUCCACUCGGAGACGUACUCCCUACUGAUCGACACAUACAUCAAGGAUCCAAAGGAGAGUGAGUUCCUGUUCAACGCCAUUGAGACGAUCCCACAGAUUAAAGAGAAGGCAGAGUGGGCUCUAAGAUGGAUCGGUGACUCCGAGAGUGUUUUCGCUGAGAGAUUGGUCGCCUUUGCCGCUAUCGAAGGUGUCUUCUUCUCUGGUUCCUUUGCCUCUAUCUUCUGGUUGAAGAAGAGAGGUUUGAUGCCAGGUUUGACUUUCUCGAACGAGCUGAUCUGCAGAGAUGAAGGUUUGCACACUGACUUCGCCUGCCUAUUGUUUGCUCAUUUGAAGCACAAGCCAGACCCAUCCGUCGUCGAGAGAAUAGUCACUGAGGCCGUCGAAAUCGAAAAGAGAUAUUUCUUGGACGCUUUACCAGUCGCUUUGCUUGGUAUGAACGCCGAUUUGAUGAACCAAUACGUUGAAUUCGUCGCCGACAGACUGUUGGUUGCAUUCGGUAACGAGAAGUACUUCAAGGUCGAAAACCCAUUCGACUUCAUGGAAAACAUCUCUCUUGCCGGUAAGACCAACUUCUUCGAGAAGAGAGUCUCCGAUUACCAAAAGGCUGGUGUCAUGGCUCAAGCUACGAAGGAGGAAACUGGUGCCUUCAACUUGCAAGAAGAUUUCUAA